AAAAAAAAAAAAAAAAAAACAUCAACAACAAGGUGUUCUGUUCUUCUUCCUUUUCGAUUUAGUUUCCCAAUUUCGCCUUCUUUGUCGACUCUCUUUAUUGUUCUUCCUCUCAAGCUCCAAAAAUGGCGACAAAACGCUGUGCAAUGGCCAGAAUAGCGGAUGUCGUUUCUUUCAGGCAUUUGUUCGUGCUGUCUCUAGCUUUGAAUGUGAGUUUGAUUCUAAGAGGUGUAAAUCAGAAUGAGAAGCACCAAAGUGGAGCUCCAAUGGCGGUCCACAAAGGCACUAAAGCUUCCCAAAUGAGAUUCUUGUCUUUCCCAUCUGAAUCAGCAGCAGCAGCUCGCGAAACUCAACCUUCUGUUGAUGAAAAUGGAGGACAAAGAGUUAUUAAUCUCGACCAUGGUGACCCGACAAUGUAUGAGCAAUAUUGGAAGGCAAUGGGGGACAAGACUACGAUUGUGAUCCCUGGAUGGCAAUCAAUGAGCUAUUUUUCUGCUGGGAAGAACCUUUGUUGGUUCUUGGAGCCUGAGCUUGCGACCCAAAUUGUGAGGCUACACAAGGUUGCUGGUAACGCUGUGACCGAGGGGCGGCACAUUGUUGUCGGGACGGGGUCCUCCCAGCUCUUCUUAGCUGCCCUCUAUGCCCUUUCCCCGCAAGACUCGUCCCACCCGAUCAGCGUGGUCUCGACUGCUCCAUACUACUCGUCUUACCCUUUGAUGACCGACUGCGUCAAGUCGGGGCUCCACAAAUGGGCUGGCGAUGCGAAGCAAUUUGACAAGGAUGAGCCUUACAUCGAAUUGGUCACCUCCCCCAACAACCCGGAUGGCUUCAUUCGACACUCCGUGGUGAACAGAACGGGCGGUAUAUUGAUCCACGACCUUGCUUAUUACUGGCCGCAAUAUACGCCCAUUUCUGCGCCUUGUGACUAUGACUUGACGAUGUUCACUGUGUCAAAGAGUACUGGCCAUGCUGGGACGCGCAUUGGGUGGGCUCUAGUGAAGGACGUUGAAGUAGCAAAGAGAAUGGUCAAAUUCAUAGAGCUGAACACGAUUGGCGUGUCAAAAGACUCGCAGCUUCGAGCUGCCAAAGUUCUGGAAGUGGUAUCCGACAGUAGUGAACAAGCCGGUGGUUCGGAGUCUCCGGAAUCGUUCUUCCAUUUCAGCCACGCCGUAAUGACUGAGAGAUGGAGGUUGCUAAGGGAGGCGGUGAAAGACAGCGGCUUAUUUAGUUUGCCAAAAUUUUCUCCCGCACAUUGCAGCUUCUUUGACAACAACUUGGGGACCCAACCUGCCUUUGCAUGGUUGAGAUGUGAUGGAGCCGACGUUGAUGAUUGCGAGAGCUUCUUCCGAGGCCACAAGAUACUCGCACGAGGCGGAAAGCAUUUCGGUGUUAGCCCCAAAUACGUCCGUGUUAGCAUGCUGGAUCGUGAGGAAACCUACAGUUUAUUUAUAGAAAGAUUGUCUCAGAUCAGCUCAUGACAUCUGACGCUGUUGCGGCUGAGACGGCAUAUCAGAGGUUGAAGAACACAGGGGGGUUUUGGGAUUCCGAAUGUAAAAUUGAAAACAAAA